AUUACCUCCCUUGAGAUAGUUUCCCUAGUCGUACACGGAAGUUUCUGUUUUGAUAGCCAAACGGUGAUGAUGUCAUUGGGUCAGUUACCAUCAACAGUGUGAUAGAAUAAAGAAGAGCCAGUACUUUCACCGGGGAGUUAUGGGAGACCCAACAUCAGGUUACCAUGGUGUUGACCCUAAUGUGUUGGAGCGGGAUGCAGGAAUAUAUGCACAUCAGGCUGUCCAGUUUGACCAAGCUGGGAACUAUGAGACAGCCAAGUUUUAUUACACAGAAGCGGCCCAGGCUCUUCUGUCUGCGGCCCUUGGGGGCUCAGAUAGCCCUCGCAACCAAGUCAUACUAGACAAGGCUAAUGAGUACAUGCUGCGAGCUGAAGUGCUCAAACAGUCAGUGGCCAGUCAGACACCCACCCAGAGAACACAGCCCCUUGGCAGAAGUCAACAACAGCAAGAUCUGGAGCGAGCCCAGUUCCUCCUUCAUCAAGCAUUUGAUGAGGAUGAGAACAACAACAAAGAAGAUGCUGUUGAACUAUACUCAGAGGCCGUGGAACUGUUUAUCAAAAUAAGAAACGAUACAACUGACUCCAGUCUGCAAACUAAAGUUACCAAGAUGGCAACACAGGCUCUUGACAGGGCUGAAAAUUUGAAAAAGAAACUCAAAAUUGCCAGUCCUCAUAAUAACCAAGGGAAACAACUCCCAAGCCAGCCAGGAAGAAUUAUGCCUCCUCUUGGUUUUGGAGCCUUUUCAGAGGAUGAUGAUAAACCUCGGCCCCGUCCACAACCCCAGGGAAUGCCGGGUCCCCCUCCCUCAUCCUCAGGGCCGGCCAAUGUUGGGGCUUCUUCUUACACCAAAGAGGAGAUAGCAGUAAUUAGAAGCACCUCAAAUAUCAAUGGUCGAGAAUAUGUCCCAUUUCUGUCUGUUGAUCUGAAGGAGCGGUUUGCCUUCCCAGUACCUUUCACUGAUAAGGAUGGGAAACUGGCCAUGUCCCCCAAACAGAGGUCACAGUUUGGGAAAUGGGGUCGAGCUGAAGAUUUCUGUGAAGAUCCAAAGAUGAUCCUGGCUGUUUCUCCAUUUAGCAUCAGACAGACCAUAGUGUCUGACUGCAGUUUUGUAGCCUCAGUGGCCAUCAGUGCCCAGUAUGAGCGGAGGUUCAAGAAGAAGCUGAUCACCAGCAUCAUUUACCCCCAGAACCGCCAGGGAGAGCCCGUAUACAACCCGUGUGGGAAGUACAUGGUCAAACUCAACAUUAACGGUGUGCAUCGGAAGGUAUAACUAGUACAAUCACUUCAUCUAGAAUCAGGGAAAUCUUCCUGCGGUGACCUUCUGUGCUCCUUCUCCUGUCGAGAUGAGCUGUGGGUGUCCCUGCUGGAGAAGGCCUACAUGAAGGUCAUGGGCGGAUAUGACUUCCCAGGUUCCAACUCUAACAUUGACUUACAUGCCCUGGCCGGGAUGGAUCCCGGAGAGAGUGGCCUAUCAGACCAGGCAGUCAGGAGUUUGACAAGGACCCGUGAGUUCAAGCUUGACUCCUGGGCAGCUUCCACAAAAGGACACUGUCUGAUAACUGUGGCAACUGGGGAGAUGUCAGAAUCUCAUGCUGAAAGAGCUGGACUAGUGCCAACACAUGCCUAUGCCAUGUUGGAUAUCAGAGAGGUCAAGGGUCAGCGGUUGUUCUUGUUGAAGAAUCCCUGGAACCAUUUACGCUGGAAAGGACAUUUUUCUGAAAAUGAUACAACACAUUGGACACCUGAACUUCAGAAGGCCUUGAACUAUGAUCCCAAAAGUGCUCAGACAUUUGAUAAUGGUGUGUUCUGGAUCGACUAUGACUCCCUGUGUUCAUUCUAUGACGUCUUCUACAUCAACUGGAGUCCCGAGUUAUUCACGCACACCACAUGCAUACACCAUUCCUGGCAUGCCAAGGAAGGUCCCAAGAAAGACAGCUACAAUAUUAGUGACAACCCACAGUAUCGGCUGGAGGUCAAGGCCAGCAAGCCUGCUGCUGUGUGGAUCCUCCUCACUCGACAUAUCAUAGAUAAGGAUGAUUUUGCGGACAACAAGGAGUUCAUUACUGUGUUGCUGUACAAGACUGAGGGCAAGAGAGUCUUCUAUCCCUAUGACCCUCCUCCUUAUAAGGAUGGAGUGAGGAUCAACAGCCCACACUACCUGUGUAAACUGGUGGAGAACAAGGGGACAUCACUCUACACGCUGGUCGUGUCUCAGUAUGAGAAGAACAACAGUAUUCACUACACACUCAGGGUCUACUCCACAUGUGAGUUUUCUCUCAAGCAGUACAAGGACCCCUACAAGUCACAGUACUUCCAGAAGGUGAAUGGUCAGUGGACUCAGACCUCUGCUGGUGGAUGUUCCAACAACUUGGACACACACAAGAACAACCCUAUCUACCAGAUUCUCAUAGACAACAGCAGUACAGACAACUGUAUACAGAUUGAGCUCCUGGGCCCCAAAGUGUACAGUGUUGGGUUUGAGGUGAUAGCAGUCAGUCAGAAUGUACCCAAGGCACCCGGAUCCUUCUCCAAGAAGACAUCAGGAGAUUUCAGACCAGGCUACUGUGUGCUACAGUUGGACAACAUCUCUGGUGGCGUCUACAACAUUCAGCCAUGUACAUUCAGACCUGGGAAGCUAGGACCAUUCUUCCUUGAUAUCAGCAGCAAUGUUGCCUUGAAGAUCUCAGCACUACAGUGAUAUCUAGUGAUCUGCAACCUCCAUGGCCUGUUCCAUGGAACAUCUCCUACAAGAUCUUGCAGAGUCCAGUAAUAUUCAUGCUGAUAUAUUUGGUGCAUUUGUCAGAGAAAGAAUAUACUGUAAAUCUUGAAAUUUAAAGUUUAAAUAACUGCAAAGAUGUAAGUGGUCUUUGACUGCAUUUUUGAAAGUAUGCUUUUAUGUCUCAAUAUUGACUGCCUCCCCAGCUAUCCCUGCAAGUAAAUGAGGACAACAAACAGGCACAAGAAAUGUUAAAUUACUAGACAUGAUGAGUUACCUUUGAAAUUGGAUUUCCUGUUCUGCAGGGCAUUGUUUUAUUUAUAUGCAAAGAUCAAGAUAACUGUUUGUAUUUUGUCUAAAGCUAGAAUUGACUGUACACACAUUUUCUAGAACUUUAGAAAAAAUACCCACUAAUCUAAUGCAAAAUAAUUUGAGGCAAUGAAGGGAAGCAAUUAUAUCUGAAACUAUUAUUUGAACUGGGAUUGAUUAAAUUUAAUAUCAUGUUAGUUGCAGCUAUUACUCUAUAUAUUGAAAUAAUAACCAUAAGUACAGCACUGAGAUGACCACUGACUGCCAGAUGUUGUAUAGGUGUGGAACAGUGCACCUCAUGUCACCUGUGGGGCAUCGUGGACAACACUGACGUAAAACACAAAUAGGACGAGUGAAAUCAUGGCACUUAUGAGACUUUAAUCCAUUCCUUGCAAACCUAGGUUUUGUUUCAAUGUUUGAAGGUAUCAAUGUCAGUAAUCUAAUCAUGUAAAUAACAUUGAAGUUAUCUUCAGUUCACACAUGAUUUCAGGGAGAUUGGUGAAAACAAUAUGGAAUAUAAUAUAGAACAUAGCAACAGCUAUUUAUUCUGGGUUUAUGGAGAAGAAGUUGUAUUAAGUACCAGUUCAUUGAAAUAAGUCACUCAAACAUUAAUGAGCAAUUACAUGGAGAUUUGGUGAUUUUAUUAACAGUGACCAUUUGGUUUGCUUGAAUUAAUGUUUGAUUAAAUACAUCUUAGGUUAACCUCAUGGAUUAGUUUUCUCUCUAAAUUCUGUUCAGGUUGAGUGUGUUGGUAUUGAGCUUCAUUAAGUUCAAGAUUUACAGUAUCUGUUGCAAGGUUUGUUAACCACAUACAGUAUGUUGUUACUGUGAAGUAAUGGCGUCAUCCCUUCAGAACAAUCCAUGUCGAUAAACAUUGUCAUGUCAGUACUGGUCAAAUCUUGGUCAUUUGUAUGACAUGAAGUGGCUGUGAAACAGUCUUGACCUUUGAACUAGAAAGUUGGACUUUUAUCUGCAAAGACAUUCACUCAAGUCUUUGGUUGUGACAAUGGUGUUACAGGUACAGUGCCUUCCAGUGCUUUCAUCAGCAAGUAUAACUGUAUAUUGUUUACAGCAUCCAUGUCUAUCCCAUUAUUGAUCUGAACUGUCCAGUGUUAGUUGUUUAUGGUCACUUGAUGGUUAAAUGUGGCCUCAACGCCAGGUCCGUCUAGCGUGAGCAUCUCCACACGUGACCAUGUACCUCCUUCCCUCAAGGUAACAUGGUGUAUGUUGUGAUAAUUUAUAUGAUACCUGAAUGUUUUCCAUAUCUGCCUGUAUGUUAUUUGUUUUCCAUGACGUCUAGUUACAAAACAUGUAUAACAUGAUUAACUGUGUGCUUUAAACUCUGUCUGGAUAUGGUCAGAUGAGAGUGACAUAUUUGCCACUUGUAGCAAGAAGAACUAUUUAUGAAAGCAAUAAGCUAGUGAACAUAAAAUAUCUAAAUUGUUCGGUUAUUUUGCCCUGAAAUGUCAUACUUUGUAAAUAUUUGAUUGAGGUUAUAAGUAAAGUUUAGCUUAUUAUGCACAAGUUGUACCUAUGCAUGAUUUGAAGUUGGAGAUUAUCUAAGCAAACAAAAGGCAAUAUUCAGUACAGUGGCACCUCUUUAUCCAAGUACACAUGUACAUGGGAAACUAUGCCCAAUUGCUAUAAUAAACUCAGAAAUGAAAUCUGUAUUCUAUGAUGCUGUGUGGAUGAAAGGAGCUCACAGUGGCUCAUUCCACUGAAAUGUAAACAUGAGUUACAUGUUAAUGGUCUGACCUCAUGACCCUGUUUUAAAUCACUUCCCCCUUUAAUCUGAUGUAUCCUAUUCCUGUCAGCCAGGAUGGCACAUCAUCAUCGGCUUGUGAUCAGUGCAAUAGUUUCUUUGACAGAAGCUUGCCAGAGAAUUGAACAUUAUUCACUGGAAUGAACCGUUUCAGAAUAAUGUCAGCCCAUGCUGUGUGGUUAUCCCAAACAUGUACAAACCAUGGUGUCACAGCAGCCAAAAAGGCAGGGGUUCUUGCUUUAGGAAUUAUGUCUGGCCACAGGGAUGAGGUGUCCUUGAGUUUCAUAACCACUUGUUCAGCAUAAUUCUCUCAGCAAUAUACUGCAAUUACAGGUAGUCACAGCUUUUUAUGUUGUUCUUUUUCUGCCAUGUUCAUUCCUCAGUUCAUGCUCCAAGCAGUUGAUUCACAUCAGUUGUUUGUUGUAACUCACUUUCAUAGCCUGCAGUUGCUACAAUCUGCUGACAUUAAUGCUGGAAUCACAUCUUGCAACUUUUACAAUAGAAAAAUUUCAACUAAACAAAACCACUGUCAUAUAAUGCUGUUAAAAGUGUUGUAAAACCCAAUUCACUCAUUGUAAUUUUGGUCCAACAUCCUGCAUACUUUAUGUCAUGUACAUACAUGUAUAUAUUGUUUCAUUCUGUGAUAUUAGAACUUAUGGCCCCUUAUGGCAUCAUAUCAUGGAAAAUGUGACGGCGUGGCAGGUACAGUGGCAUGGUUCACCCGAACCUAUUCAUGAAACAAUGGCAUACUACCAUCUCUUGGUAGCCUGGUUAUAUUCAGUGCUAAUCCCUUUGUUUGGUGUGUCUGUUCCCAGCCUCAUCCUGGACACCAUUCGUGUGUCUGGUGGUGAUGAUGUUCCAUCAGGAUGAUUUGGCUUAGGUCGAAGAUUGUGGUACUGAGCCAGAGAUGUGGAACUUUGUCAUAUUAUCUUUUGUUCAAGCCUGGGAUAUGGCAUUCCAGCACCUAUCAGUGCCCUGGCUGUAGCCAGGACUAGAUAGUGCAGCCUGGUGAUUAGUUUGGACUAAUAGAACUCUCUGGGUGGAAUGUGAUGUCAUGUGUCACUCAUAAAGUCAGAUAGUUCACCAUUGGAUAUACAUGUAUGGGAUUAUUUCUCCUCUUCAACCCUCUUGGGAUUUACAUGGUUAAACAUGUGUGUGUGCGUGUGUGCAUGCAGAUGUACAUAUCACAAAUUUGAAUAUUUGGGAAAGGUACGGUGUGUGCAAAUAUAUGUAAAAACAUAAAAUUCAAUAAAUAUGUUUUAGAACG